UCCGAAGCUAGUCACAUUGGAACAUACUGUUGCCUGGUGAAGAUUUCUCUGAGCAGCCUUCGUUCGAACAAGAUAACAAUGAAAUUCACCCUCAUCAUCGCUGCCGUUCUUGUUGGCCUGGCGUCCGGAUGUGUCCGCGAUGAUUCCGAUGGUCGACCGAAUUGCAUCGCCGUCGAAUUGGAACAACGGCUGUGGCGCAACAAUGCAGACCCCACGGCUUUCUGGGAGUGUGAAACACUCAAUGUUCCAGCGACAGCCCGACGCUGUGCGUCCGAGGAAAUGUUCUAUGUGGUCCCAUUGCGAUGUGUUCCACACACAGAAUGGGAAUGGACGCCAACCUGCAAACCGCCAAGCAUGGUGAGCUCUUGAAGCUGGGUAAAAACAAGUGAAUGAAAGAAUGAAAGAGUAAAUAAAAGUAUCGUAGCCUAGUCAUGGGUGUUCCUCA